CAGGGAUGAAUCUUAUCUCUGAUAAGCGGAAAAACGAGUUCUCCGGAUAAGCCCAAAAUUUCUUGGGAGCCAAGGUGAAGGAAAACAACGGAUUCGCGAUCGGGAAUUGGGACGACCGACCACAUCGCCGACAUCAAUCCUCGCCAACAUGUCGAAAUCCACCACUGUUGCGAAGGCCGCCGAUGCCUCGGUCCCUGUGGACCCCGAGCAGACCCUAAAGGCCUGCAAGGCGCUUGUCGCCCACAUUAAGAAGUCAGCCGCCGAACCACGCGACGACGGCAAGCAAAACCUGCUCGGUGACGAGGAGACGGCGGUCGCCGAAACGCCGGUUUGGCUGACGCUCACGACGAAGAAGCACAUUCACGAUUCUCACCGCCUUCAGCCCGGCAAAAUCGUCCUCCCCAACCCUCUCAACACCAACGAAGAGCUCAGCGUCUGCUUAAUAACAGCCGACCCCCAGCGGUGGUACAAGAAUGCGGUUGCCGACGAGUUCCCCGAGGACCUGCGGGCCAAGAUCGGCCGGGUGAUCGACAUCAGCCACUUGCGGGCCAAGUUCAAGGCGUAUGAGGCGCAGCGCAAACUCUUCAGCGAACACGAUGUCUUCCUUGCCGACGAUCGAAUCAUCAACCGCCUCCCCAAGGCGCUCGGCAAGACUUUCUACAAGACGACAACGAAGCGGCCCAUUCCGGUCGUUCUGAUGGCGCCGAGGGAGAAGGUUGACGGCAAGCGCGUCGCGGCGCCCAAGGGGAAGAAGCCGAAGCGCGACCCGACCGAGAACAUCAACGCCCGCCCAAUCCCCGAGAUUGUUAACGAGGUCCAAAAGGCCAUUGGCGCCGCGCACGUCCAUCUCAGCCCGUCCACCAACACGGCAAUCAAGGUCGGGUACGCCAACUGGGAGCCCGAGAAGAUUGCGGCCAAUGUCGACACAGCAGCGCGUGAGCUGGUCGAACGGUUCGUUCCGCAGAAGUGGCAGAACGUGCGCAACUUCUACGUGAAGGGCCCCGAGACGGCCGCCCUGCCUAUCUACCAGACGGACGAGCUCUGGCUCGACGACUCCAAGGUGGUCCCUGAGGGGCAACAACCCCCCAGCGCGCUUCCGGGCAAGGGUCAGAAGGCGAUUGGCGAGAAGCCUAACGUUGGCAAGAAGCGCAAGUCGCUGGAUGCGGAGCCCGAGCCGGCGGCGGAAGAGCCUGUCAAGGAGGACCGGCCGAAGAAGAAGGUCAAGAAGGCGGUGCCCGAGAGCAACGACGACAAGCUUGACAAGGAGAUUUCCGAGCGUAAGGCCAAUCUGAGGAAACAAAAGAAGGCGGCUGCGAAGAAGGCCGAGAUCUAAGGAGAUCAGGAUGGACUAUGGAGGCAGGAUUGCGGCUGUUGUGUUUGGCAGCUUCGCUCGGCUUUGCAUCGUGCUUGGAGUUUUGGAGUCUGGGAAGUGGAAAAGGCGGACAUUUAGCUGUGAGAAACAUACCUGGGCCUAGAGGCUGCUAGAUUAGUUGUCGAGUUUACGUUUGAUACUCUGGUUCACAUUCU